AUGAACAAGCCACUUAGCGCGAACGGCGGAAAUCUACCCGAAAUACCUCAGCUACCAAGGGAUGCACCAUUAGUAAUUGGCGUUCUUGCCCUCCAGGGAGCUUUCAAGGAACAUCUGGUCCAUCUCCGACGGAUACAAACCUCUCGGCCGCUGACUGCGGUGGCGGUAAGGACGGCAAGCGAACUUCUCCAAUGCCAGGCACUCAUCAUUCCUGGCGGCGAGUCGACCUCCAUCUCACUCAUUGCAUCACGCCAGAUCGAGCCCUCAAAUCAUUCGUUCCUCGAUUGGCUCAAGAGCUUUGCCAAGCAUCGCUUCGUUUGGGGUACUUGCGCUGGUCUCAUCCUCUUGUCCGAUGAAUUGGUGUCCGAAGGCACCAAGGCGGGUGGGCAAGAAAUCCUAGGCGGCCUACCUAUCAGAACUACCCGGAAUCAAUGGGGUCGUCAAACCGAGUCGUUUGAGCAAAUGAUUGAGAUCCCAUUCAUCAAGAAUCCCGAAACACCAUUCCCAGCGAUCUUCAUCCGAGCACCAAUGAUCCAUACGAUUCUAGAAAAAGCUGACCAAGAUAACAACUCCAAACCAGAGAUUAUCGCAUGUUUACCUCGGGAUAGUUUGUCGAGAACGCAAGCACAAACCAAUCAGAGCUUAGGUCCGGAUUCGCAUGUUGUGGCUGUCAGAUUUAGUCGCCUAUUUGCUACUUCGUUUCACCCUGAAUUAUCUCCAGAUACUCGCUUACACCAGUUUUGGGUCAAUGACUGUGUCCUUAAAAUGCUUUGA